CAUUCUCCCCACCAUGCCUGCUCCCCCCAGCUGAAUGUGAUGGUGGAGAAGCAAACCGCUGUCUGAUGGACUGACUGGUGCCUCUCUAAUUUGUGAUCACGAUCUUUAAGCGGACUUUGGCGUUGUCAGGUCGUCUUUCUCCAUUCGCUUCGUCCAGUGAUUCUCAACUCUGGCUUCCAUUAGUCUUACUUCAGGGAGAUCAUAAAAGGUGAGGCAGAACCAAUUGUGCACAGCUCUGCAGUCAGUGGCCCGAGAGCAGCAGGAAGGUCCCAGAGCCCAGCUGAAAUGAAUUGGCCUCCUUGAGCGUGCCCAAGACUGGGUGCCUGGCCUCUGUCCCAGCCCUGAGGUCUUCCCCGUCCAUGAAGGCUUUGAUCCUGGGCCGGAUGUGGGCUUCUACUCCUGGGCUAAGAUUCUCAAGCACCUUCUUUGCAAGAAGAAAACAUUUGCUUAUUUGGCACAUGAAGCCAUGCCACAGGCCCUGACCUUGUCCUUGGGAGCAUCGAGAUGUUUUUUGAUCAUCCUGAAAAAAAUGAGCCUUGGCCUCCAGACCCAAUAAAGCAAGCGUUCCUCUCAUGGAGAACAGUGCUGGUUCCUGAGGACCUGGCGGGCCUGCAGCCCCAGGGGGAUUAGCCAGAAGCAGGCUUGUUUCCUGCUCAGAACAGAGUGGCUGCCUUGGACACAUCUUUCAUUAUGAUUCACACCAACUUGAAGAAAAAGUUCAGCUUCUGUGUGCUGGCCUUUCUCCUGUUUGCAGUCAUCUGUGUGUGGAAGGAGAAGAAGAAGGGGACUUAUUAUGAUUCCCUUAAGUUGCAAAGCAAGGAAUUCCAGAUGUCGAGAGGUCUGGAGAAACAGGUUGAAACUCCAAGCAGCACCCAGGACACCCACAGGGGCAGCCAGUCCCUCAAGAGCCCCCGGGGCCCAGCCAAAGCCAAGCCAGAGGCCUCCUUCCAGGUGUGGAACAAGGACAGCUCUUCCAAAAACCUUAUCCCCAGGCUUCAGAAGAUCUGGAGGAAUUACUUGAAUAUGAAUAAGUAUAAAGUGUCCUAUAAGGGGCCAGGGCCGGGGGUCAAGUUCAGUGCCGAGGCCCUGUACUGCCACCUCCGGGAACAUGUGAACGUCUCUAUGGUCGAGAGCACAGAUUUUCCCUUCAACACGUCCGAGUGGGAAGGCUUCCUGCCCAAGGAGAACAUUAGGACCAAGGCUGGGCUGUGGGGCAGGUGUGCUGUAGUCUCAUCAGCAGGAUCUCUGAAGUCCUCCCAGCUCGGCCGAGAAAUAGAUGAUCAUGACGCAGUCCUGAGGUUUAAUGCAGCACCCACAGCCAAUUUCCAACAAGAUGUGGGCACGAAAACCACUCUUCGCCUGAUGAAUUCUCAGUUGGUCACCACUGAUGGGCGCUUCCUCAAAGACAGUUUGUACAACGAGGGAAUCCUAAUUGUGUGGGAUCCAUCUGUUUACCACUCAGAUAUCCCAAAGUGGUACCAGAGCCCCGACUACAGCUUCUUUGAGAACUAUAAGACUUAUCGCAAGCUGCAUCCCGACCAGCCCUUUUACAUCCUUAAGCCCCAGAUGCCUUGGGAGCUGUGGGACAUCAUUCAGGAAGUCUCCCCAGAGGAGAUUCAGCCCAACCCCCCGUCCUCCGGGAUGCUUGGUAUCAUCAUCAUGAUGACGCUGUGUGACCAGGUGGACAUUUAUGAGUUCCUCCCAUCCAAGCGCAGGACCGACGUGUGCUACUACUACCAGAAGUUCUUCGACAGCGCCUGCACCAUGGGCGCCUACCACCCCCUCCUCUUUGAGAAGAAUCUGGUGAAGCACCUCAACCAGGGCACAGACGAGGACAUUUACCUGCUUGGGAAAGCUACGCUGCCUGGCUUCCGGAGAAUUCGCUGCUGAGCCCGGGCUCCCUGGUCAGGUCCCCUCUCCCUUCUCCACUGAGCCUGGGCAGAUCAUGUUCCAGAACAAUCACAGCGUGCACGGAGGGCCUUCUGUCAGCAAGAGCCCCAGGCUGCAGGAGUCUGCUCCCCUCCUGCCUCCAGGCCCAGCCUGCCCCAUAGCUGCAGAGGUGUGUGACCGCAGAGCCUCCUGCCACUCACAUGUGCACACACACCUAGCAUUCUUCCCACACACAGUAAACUCGGGAUCCACCUUUCUCCCGAGAGCUGCCAACGCUGGGUUAUUCUCAUAAACCAGCACUCUCUCUUGCUUGAAAUCUGCUCCUAGAUACUGAUUUCAUGUUUUAAAGAAAUUCUCCUAAAUUAUGAUUUGCCCCUGUAUAAGGUGGCUCGGAGGCAGGGGACGGUAGGUGGUAGAGAGCAUAGGACACAUCCUUGAUUCCUCUGGAACAAAGGUGCUCCUAAGCUCCAUGCCCCCAGGAGAGGUAGCAUUGCUCUAAGGGUUUAGCAGGUCCUUAACCUGGGUGCUUAUGGGCAAAAGGUCUUGGUGAAUGCACCUCCUCUCCACGGGGUGAUGAGAGGCACAGAAGGGCACAGGCUCUUCCUCCAGGCACUCCCAGUUUGGUGAGAGAAAUACAGGGAGGACUCGGGGUGCUCAAUGCACGGGGUGGGGGUAGGGGGAUUUGUGGGGAGGCAGGCUUGCCCUGCCAUCUGUCUGGGCACCUGGGAGGGGCCGUGCGCCUGCUGUGUCUGCGGGCCCCACAGCCCUUCUGAGCUGGGCUGUGGAGGGGAUUUGAGAGGAAGAGGAGAAACGUGUCACCCUGCGGCUUGAGUCAUUUGAGUUGUGUUUUCCUUUCUGCCUUUAUUGCCCACCUUUAUUCUCAAAGGUCUGCCUGAACUGAGGGGCUCAGAUUGUAUUUUGAGGGAACCGCUCCCCCUGUCCGAGGCAGCACGUGCAGCCCCAUGGCAUGGCAGGCACCGGGCAAGCCAGGAGCCGAGACCCUGACUUGUCCACCCUCAGCCUGACCUGCCCCUGCCCCAAAGUGAGAUUCUACACACGCGCCCCGUGCUCCCUGGUUACCACCCACCCCACCCCCCGACUGCCAUCUUGUUUUCUCCUUUAAAGCAGUAGGUUUUAUUCUCUCUCUCCAAACACUUUUCAACCUUUUCUACUUUAUAACAGUAUCCUGAUCUGAUGAUUUCUUUGACCAUCAUGGGCUGUUUGUGGAAUCUCUCAGGGAGUGGGGCUGUGGUUCCCUAAAGUUCAAGUUGCUCUCGGAAGUCAGAACCUUCGAGAUCAUAACUGAUUCUCACAAGGUUUAUCAGAUGGCCAUGCCCUCUGGCCCUCCAGCAAGGGGGCAGCGUCAGAGUCUCCAGAUGGAGGCCUUCCCACCUGCUCUGCCAACAUGCUUCCUGGGGAGUUGUGCUCCCCCUUCCCUGGUGGAGAAGCACCCUGGGCUGGCCCAGCCCGGCGCGUGGAGAAGGGAGAGCACUUGCUCAGGAUCACGAAGUAAUGCUGUAGAGCCAGGGUUCCUAACCCAGACUUUUGGACUCCUGGCCUCAUGUGCUCAAGGGCCUCUUAUGCUUGAGCUCUAGACCAGCCCUCUGGGAGCUGGAGCGCUCGCUUGUUGCCAAACCCUUGGUUUAUAUAAGCAGUAGAAGGACCCCAGAGGGAGAAGCCCUGGAUUUUCAAAUUGCUGCUCCCCCCUGCCCCCAUUUAACAGCCGUGCCACCAUGGGAGAAUUCUGAGACUCUGUUUCCAUAUCUGUAAAAUGGGGGGUGAUGAGCCUACCUCACAGGGCUGUUAUAAGGGUUACAUGAAACACCUAACCUGGUUCUGUACUUGGCACGUAGCAGGUACCGGGUACAUGGUGGCUUCCUUCCUUCCUUCCUCCCCUAAGGACCUGCUGUGUGCUCACACCUGGGCAAGACCUUGCUUUGAGGGUGGCCAGAGAGGGGAGGUCCUGUUAUCAGGGAAUUAACUGUCCUAUUGGGACACCAGCCUGGAAUGCCCAGGAAACCCAUCCGAGGCAGUGGAUUGUGCAGAGCGUGUCUCCCCUACCCCCUUCUUCCCCUUCCUCCUCCCCCUGCCCCUCCUCUUCCUCCCUGCUUGCAGCUCUGGCCUCUCUGCUUAGGAAUGGGCAGUGCACCUGAGCCACUUCCUGCUGUAUGGAGAGUCUUUCCCCUCUCCGGACCCAUGAGUUGCUUUAUGUUCUGAUCUGAUGUGCUUGCUGCAAUCCCUGAAUCACAGGCAGUGAGAGGAAGGAGGCAUUCCAUCCGCAGGAAGUAGGUGUUGGUGUGGACAAGGAGACUACACUGGGUAGACACUAGCUUUAAUUGUUGCUGUGCAUAUAAGGGAUCCAAUUAAUUUAAUUCUUUGUUGUCUCUCUCUGGAAACUAGCAAAAUGCAAAUAAGAUAGGGGUAUUAUUGUUGAUCUGGUGAGAUGUUUAAUAUUUGUGACAGAUAAUUUAAGAAUGGUGACUGCGUGCUGCAUUUGGAAAGCCCCGUCUGGAAGGGGUCGCGUCUUUGUCAGUAGCCAUCGCUUCAUCCUGUAUCAUGAGGUCCCCCUGCUCUUCAGUCACACAAACCAUUCACGGUGGUUUGGAGACCUCGAUCUCAGAAGUGUCUGAACCGUGCCUGAUCUGAUGAUGAAUUAUCCAAAGAUUAUGUAAAAUUUUAAAAUAAAUGUGUUUUUCAAAAAUCGUA